AUGGACUUCCUAAAGAGCUUGAAAGUUUGCCUAAGAGUCACUUGUACACUGGAGUAUGAUGAACUACAGCUGUCUUUGCAGGACUCGGGUCAUCAGAAAUUACUUUCAGAAAUAUCAGAGCAAAAGACUUUACAGGAAAAUCUUGAGUCUACAAAUUUAGACUUGGAGGAGAACAUUCGUAGACUGGAACAUGCUUUUGAGGAAGAGAAGAGGUUUAGCUCAGAGCUAGAUGAUGAGCUUGCUGAAAUGAAUGCCACAAUAAGAACCCUGGAAGAAGAAAUUAACAAUGGAAGUUCUCAAAAAGAAGAGAUACGUACUACGCUAAAGGUGUUUGAGAUUAACCAAGAGAGAAUCGAGACCUCCCUCCAAGAUAAUAUAGAAGAAAAUAUUCAGCUCCAGGAAAGUAUUAAGCAGCUUUCUAAUGAAGACGAAGGUUGGGAAGAAAGAUUUAGUGAAUUAUCUGAGAAUUCAAAAAUGCUGAGUUCAUCUGUGGAUGAAAUGCGUGAAGACCUGACUAAUAAACAGAGUCAAAUCAAGUCGUUAAUUGAUAAUUUACUGAAGAUGAAAGAUUGGAGCUCUGUGUUGGAUGAAAUUGAUGAGUCAGAUGAUAGUUCUGUCCCUAGUAUAAAUAUGGACUUUGAAAAUGGAGAGCCUUUGGGUGAUCCUCAAAAAAGAACAAUAAAGAAGCUGAUUGUCGCAGCCAUGGUAGAUACAAAAAU